AGUUUGUUUGAGGAUAUUGUCAAAGUAGCCAGCUGUUUACGUUUUGUAUCGUUAUUUUGCGAUCGUUUUUCUCAAAUUUUGUUAUUUAGUAUUGUUUUUAUGUUGAAGAUUUUACAUUGACGUUUUUAUGGUGAACUAAAAUUGUGAAAUUUCAGUACGUUUUACGAAAUAUGUCAGAUGUCAAGAGGUGAAUAGUCUGUGUUGUGUUCUAACGUGUGAGUUGAGUUUUUGAUUUGUUUGGGAUUUUCAGCGAUAAACAUAUCGGUAACGUUGGAAUGCCACAGUGCUCGAGAGUUUCCGAGACUCGGUUAUCGUGAUAGUGUGUUACAAUUAGUGUGUUCAGGCGUUCAGGUUCUUUUGCGACCAAUGAGGUUCUGUGUGUGAGUAGUGAGCGUUGUUGUCAUGGUGGCAUCAUGGCGCGCGCUGGCGCUGCUGUGCGCGCUGGUGGCGUGCGCCGCGCUGCCGGAGACUAUAUACCACAAUCAGUUUGCGGUGCACGUGCCUGCCGGUUCAGAACACGUAGAUGACAUUGCGAGAAGGCAUGGCUUCUUUAACCAUGGACAGAUCGGGUCCCUAAGAAACUAUUUCCUAUUUUCACAUCAUAAUAUCCAGAAGCGAUCGACAGAACCCAGUCAUGAGCAUCACCGAAAGCUAAACGAUGAGCCCCAGGUACGAUGGGUACAGCAACAGCGAGAACGGCGGAGAAUUAAACGUGACUAUAACCCGUACGAUGGAGCUCUAUUCUCACAAAUCACGAGACGGCUGCCACCUCACCGCACGCAUCAUCGCGCGCUCACUUCUUCCCCCUUCUUUCCUGAUCCACUAUUUAAAGAGCAGUGGUAUUUGAACGGUGGAGCAAAAGAUGGUCUAGAUAUGAAUGUGGCACCAGCAUGGCAGAAGGGGUAUACUGGUAAAGGCGUUGUGGUCUCUAUCCUUGACGAUGGUAUUCAGACUAAUCAUCCAGAUUUAGCUCAAAAUUAUGAUCCAAAUGCUUCUACGGAUAUCAAUAGCAAUGAUGAUGACCCAAUGCCUCAGGAUAACGGUGACAAUAAACAUGGAACCCGCUGCGCCGGAGAAGUUGCUGCUGUAGCUUACAAUCAAUACUGUGGUGUCGGUAUUGCGUACAAUGCUAGUAUCGGUGGAGUAAGAAUGUUAGACGGAGUGGUGAAUGACGCGGUUGAGGCUAGGGCCUUGGGGCUCAACCCAGAUCAUAUUGAUAUCUACAGUGCCUCUUGGGGACCAGAAGAUGACGGAAAAACUGUUGAUGGUCCAGGACCACUAGCUAGAAGGGCCUUCAUUUAUGGAGUGACUAGUGGUCGUCGCGGUAAAGGUUCAAUAUUCGUGUGGGCAUCAGGAAAUGGCGGUAGACAUACAGAUUCUUGUAAUUGUGAUGGUUACACGAAUAGUAUUUUCACCUUGUCUAUAUCAAGUGCGACACAAGGUGGCUAUAAACCUUGGUACCUAGAGGAAUGUUCUUCUACGCUAGCUACUACAUAUAGUUCAGGCACACCUGGUCAUGACAAAAGUGUAGCCACAGUCGAUAUGGAUGGUAGAUUAAGAGCAGAUCAUAUUUGUACAGUAGAGCAUACGGGUACGUCUGCUUCAGCACCUUUAGCGGCCGGUAUUUGUGCGCUGGCAUUAGAAGCCAAUCCCGAGUUAACAUGGCGAGACAUGCAGUAUUUAGUAGUAUUGACGUCGCGACCUCAGCCUCUUGAGAGGGAAGGAGGUUGGAUUGUAAAUGGAGUUAAGAGAAAAGUAAGCCACAAAUUUGGCUAUGGAUUAAUGGAUGCUUCUGAAAUGGUAAAUCUAGCUGAGCAGUGGGUAUCUGUCCCACCUCAACAUAUUUGUAAGUCACAAGAAAUAAAUGAAGACAAACCUAUUGAUCCGUCUUUUGGAUAUACAUUAGCUGUACAUAUGGAUGUUAAUGGUUGCAGCGGAACAGUUAAUGAAGUGAGGUAUCUUGAACAUGUGCAGUGCAAAAUUUCACUAAGAUUUUUCCCUCGAGGUAAUCUGCGUAUACUUUUGACAUCUCCGAUGGGAACAGUGUCUACUUUAUUAUUCGAAAGACCACGUGAUGUAAUCAGUUCCAACUUUGAUGACUGGCCAUUCCUCAGUGUUCAUUUUUGGGGUGAGCACGCUGAAGGUAGAUGGAAAUUAGAAAUUGUAAACGGUGGUAAUCGACACGUCAACCAGGCUGGAAUUCUCAAAAAGUGGCAGUUAAUAUUUUACGGUACAGCCAUUGAUCCUGUAAGACUAAGAUCGAAGAGACCGUCAGGUGCAGCGCCAUCCUUUGCAUAUCCAACCGCCGUAGACGGUUAUGACACUGUCGGUGAUUCUUUUUACAACACUGACGCGUUUGCCAAUUACCAGAACUUCCCUACUUUAUUUGCUGCUGGCUCCGAUCCAGAAAAGGCAGUAGCUCGUCUCGAUGGACAUAACGUCCCUUCACCGCAUGGGGAAAACGUCCUCGCUGAUAGUAAUGACAAACCCGUCAUGCAUGAAUGUGAUCCCGAAUGCGAUGCACAAGGAUGUUAUGGAAAAGGACCGUCUCAAUGUAUAGCUUGCAAGCAUUAUCGUUUAGAUGACGCUUGUGUUUCUCGGUGUCCUCCCAGGAGUUUCGCUAAUCAAGGCGGCGUGUGUUGGCCAUGCUACGAGUCUUGCGAAACUUGUGUUGGGCCGGGACAGGAUUCAUGCUUAACUUGCGCACCAGCUCAUUUAUUGGUGGCAGAUUUAGCCGUUUGUUUGCAACAAUGCCCGGAUGGUUAUUAUGAAGAUAGCGAUUCAUCGGUUUGUCGUCCUUGUGCAGCUCAUUGUGGGACAUGUUCCGAGAGAGCUGACGUAUGUACAUCAUGCGAACACCAUUUGUUACUACAUGACGGAACAUGUAUGGCGUCAUGUCCACCAUCGUAUUACGAAACGGAAGAUUAUUCGUGUGCUAAAUGCCACACCUCAUGCGAAACUUGUGCAGGCCCCGGUGAAUCGCAGUGUGUAACAUGCCAUGCAUCGAGCUACUCUCUAGAUGGCCGUUGCUUGACAUCAUGCCCUGCUGGAUAUUAUGCAGAUAAAAAAAGAAAAGAGUGUAUGAAAUGCUCUAUCGGAUGUGUGUCAUGUACAAGCGCUUUUUGCAUAACUUGUGAUACCAAUUGGGAAUUAAAUCGCAAGAGCAAGUGCGUUCCAGUGGGGUCAGAACACUGUAUAAGCGGAGAGUAUAUAUCGGAGCAGCGUACCUGUAAACGAUGUGAUGCCUCAUGUGAGUCAUGUUUCGGUGGUGAAGGAAAAGACUGUCUCACUUGCCCAUCGCCCAACCUCCUGCAAGACCAGAGAUGUGUAUCAGAAUGCAGUCAAGGCUAUUAUGCUGAGGCGGGUCGGUGUACUCGUUGUGUGCACGGCUGCUCUGAAUGCGUUUCCAGGCUGAACUGUACCGCUUGCGUUGGUACUCUGCGACUGCAAUCAGGAGCAUGUAGGGCGUCGUGUGCUGACGGGUACUAUGCCGAUCGUAGCACCUGUUCUAAAUGCUACCUCUCCUGCCGUACGUGUAUAGGCCCGCGACGCGAUCAAUGCGCUUCUUGCCCACAAGGCUGGAGGUUGGCUGCUGGAGAAUGUCACCCGGAAUGUCCCCAAGGAUUCUACCAAAGCGGAGAUGGAUGCCGCCAUUGCCAUCACUACUGUCGGGAGUGCGACGGCUCAGGACCUUUACAUUGCAAAUCGUGUCCGCCACGAUUCAUGUUAGACGGUGGUCUUUGCAUGGAAUGUCUUGGUUCGCAGUACUAUGAAGCGAGCAGUGGAACGUGCAAGUCUUGCGAUUCCACGUGUAGAACUUGUUCAGGACCCGGCAAGUUCAGUUGCACCACCUGUUCGAGACCUUCAAAGAUUGAUAGAUUGAACAACCAAUGCGUGCCUUGCUGUGCGGUCGGAGGCGCGGCGAAUUCUACCGCGCCGACAGAGUGUUGCCAUUGUCACCCAGAAACUGGUGAAUGCAUAAACUCUUCGGUGGCGGGCAAGCGUCGCAUCGCGGAAUGGUCCGCGCUGCAUACAGCACCAAGUGCUCAUUCGUCGCCGGCGCCGACCUUGGUCACACUCGGCGUGGUAGCCGCCGCGCUGGUUCUAUUCCUAUCGGUGUUAUUCGUGCUGCAGAUGUUCAGUAAGCCGGGUGAGAAACGUACACGGUCACGCGGCGUCGAUUACUCCCCGUUAGCGUGCACGGACGACAGUGAAGUGACAACGCUGCCGUCACGCAGUCACUGCACCAGAGAAGGCAGCCAUCAACCCCUACUGGAACAUUCUACAUAGCGCGUGUGACGCACGUGAGUGACGACACGAAAGCAGUGACGGAUGACAUAAGAUGUGAUAUUUUAAAAUGUUAAAGUUUAUGCGCGUACUUGUGACUUUUUGCAAUCGUGUAUUCAUCGUGUUCUUUGGCUCCUGUCACUUUCUUAAGAAUAUUUGCAGUGACUUGCUGUUGAUCACGUGACAAUUGGGUGGCUUCCAUUGAACGAACUUGACGGUGACAGAAAUAAAGAGUCACGAUGACAAAUACUCACGAAUGUGUGCGUAGCUUAAAACUGAUAGUAAAUCCUCCAUCACAACUUGUAAAUGAGUAUCUUUAUUAAUAUUAUUACGAAAUGAAUAUCAUUUUACAACAUGAAACAUAUUUCAUAUAACUUUAGUGCGCAAAAUACGAGUAUUACAGUGUGAUAACUACUUAAUUAACUAUUACAGAAAGUUUGUCAAAAUUUGUGUAGGAUUUUCAUUCGUCACUGCAUUAUAAUUGUGUCAAUCGACACAGCCACAAUGUUUAGAGAACGAAAAAUGUUCGCGUUGCCUUUACGAUAAAGGUUAAGCAAAUAUGUAUCGUAUUCCGUUUGGAAAUAAAAUUCAAUUUUGUUCUGUCUUAAACAUUGUGGAUGCUGUCUCCGUACAUAAAAUAAAAAAUGUGGACCAUAUACAGG